AUGCAAGUGGGGGAAGAGAAAGGAGCCCAUGUGCGGCAGGACGCGGAGCUGCGGGGAAGCGCCGUGUACCUGCACGCACCCCCCUGCCCGCUCCCUCCCCACCGCCUCAAAACAAGCCGACUCCGGCUUUCUCCCGGGGGAAACUCUCCCGGCACCGCUGCCGGACGGACAUCGCUCCGGGGAGGGCAGGGCCCGGCGGAGGCGGGAGUUCCCACAAAACCCGGCUCCCGCCGCCGGCCGUGCCCCCCCCCGCCCCCGCUCCGCCGAGCGAACUCCCGCCGCUGCCCCGCCGUUGUGUUUCCCCGGUAUAAAGGGCUGGGAGAGAGGCGAGGGGGGGGGGGCGGAAAGCCGGUCCGGGAGCGGGGUUUCUCCGCGCCCCCCCCCCCCGCGCAGCGGCGUCCCGCGGGGGGCGCGGGCGGUGCCGAAGGUGAAGCCGGCACCGAAGGAACAAAGGCGGCGGCGGGGAACAAAGAGCGGCAGGCAAAAGUGAACCCUGCACCUUUUGGAGUGCUAUUGCAGCUGGAGCCCGAGAACAUGAUGUCUUGCAGAAGCGUCAGUCAAAGCUGGUUACAACUUGACUGCCCUGCCUUGGCAAACACCUGCUCCGAUUCAUACUGUCCUUGGAACAAAUCGACCCUCCUGGUGGUGAAAAGCUCUUGUGGAUCAGAAAGAAAAGUGGUACAUGGAAGACAGACUGCAGUGACCUCUUGUUUCGAGCAGGCUCUUGUCGAAGCCAGGACCCUGCCUCGCACCAGCGCUGGGUCCUGCAGCCUCAGACCAGAGCACCUUGUCGGGAGAUCGGCCCUGCAACCUGCAGUGACUUUGCGGCUACAUUAAAUUGAGGCUGCUCUGGGUCAUAUUUAAUUAUAAAUAGCUGUAUUUCCAACAGAGUAAAUACAAUUGAACAAUUCCAA